AUGGCUGUUGUCGAAACCAUCCCCAACCAGCAUGCUGUCAAGACAGCAUUUGAGCAUCCUAUCUAUGCAUCAGAUGGCUCGGCUCUACCCUUCAGUGCCUUGUUCGAUAAUCACAGUGAGAGCUCAACUCCACCCGACCGAAUAUUGGUCAUCUUCAUUCGACAUUUCUUCUGCGGGAAUUGUCAGGAGUACAUCCGGAGGCUCUCUUCGCUCGAGUCUCCCUUCCAUCCUUCCAACAAAUCUCAUUCGGCUGUAACGACUCAAAACUUCUCCAAGCCAGCAAAACACCCACUGCCUUCAGUCAUCAUCGUCGGCCCUGGCCUGCCAACUCUGAUCGCCACGUAUAUUCGUAUCACACAAUGUGCCUUUCCGGUCUACUGCGACCCAACCACUCAGCUAUACGAUCUGCUAGGUAUGCAUCGCACGCUUUCCCUCGGCCACAAAUCUCCUGUCUACAUUCAGCAUUCUCUCUUCAGCGGGGCCGUCAAAUCGGCAUUACAGAUUGUCCGUCGAGUCGGCAAUGGCGACGCAACGGGUGGAGGAGACUGGAACAUCAACGGUGGAGAGUUCCUGUUCGUUCAGCCUCGGCUGCAUGUCAACGGGUCUAAGUCACGGUCACCAUCGAGAUCGGCAGGUGGAAGAGCACCAUCCUCGACCCGAGCCACGGCUUCUAGUUCCGUAUCGAGUUCAAGUUCAGGAUCGACGCUGGGCUGGGAAAUCUCCUGGUGCCACCGAAUGCUGAAUUCGCGUGACCAUACCGAAUUGCAUCAAUUGCAUUAUAACACCUGCUUCUCUCCUGCAAAUUCUUCACGGACCCCAUCUCCCCCUCGUUCGAUUCUCGUCAAUGGUAAUCGCCAACCUCAGCCUCAGCGAUCUCAAACUCUUCCUAUUGCUUCUACGGAGUCGUUUAAGAGCUAUUCGAAUGAUUGUCAAGGCUCCUGUCCCGGCCCGGAUAUUCCUCGAUCGAGGGACGAGGUCCGACAUCAUCGCUCACAGUCUCCCGCCGCUGGGAAGCGGCCCAAUAGCCGGAGUCGUUCGCGAAGCACAAGCACUGGAGCCAGCACGAUCGCAAGUAUACCCAGACCGAGGUCAUCUGCGUCUCGAGCCAUGAACCACCACCGAAACGAUUCGGAAAUUUCAGCCUCCAUCAAAGAAGCCCAGCCACGCAAGAGCUUUUCAGAUUCCAUCAUGGAAAAGGUGGGCGGUUUAGUCCGAGCCAAGUCACUCACAUCCAAAUCAUCAAACCGGCACACUGCAGAUGACUCCAACAUUGUACGUAGACCUUCAACUCGAUCACAGAAUCAUGAACCACAACGACCCCGAAUGUCACUAAGCCUUGCCCGCGCCAAAUUGGCCUUGAGAGCAAACGCCGAACCACUCUCAUCUACUCCUAAUACUAGUAGCUUUCCGCGGCCUCCACCUCCUCAACCAGAAUCCGACUCAAGCAGCGCCUCCCGGCCUGGGGGGUCUACUGAAGUCAGAAAACUGAUACCUACGCCCCUCCGCCCUCGUUCUCGAUCACGAUCAAAGUCCCGAUCCCAGUCUAACUCGAAGCGACCGACUUCCUUGCGGAACGAAGACGAGAUUGACAUGGACGAGAAUGGAAUCAUGAUCGUCGAUGGGGUUGAAUUUGUCAACGUUAUUUCAGUCCAAGCUCGUGUAGAUGCAAUUGCAGCAACUCCAAACGAGACAAAGCCGCAACGAGCAGCCCCUAGCAGUGAUAAAUCACUUUCACAGCAGCGGGUGACGGAGAGGCAACAAGCGCCAACCCGUUCUCAACCACUACGAAACCAAGGAUAUACACGUGGCAGCGUUGGGUUGAAUCUCCUGACCGACCGAAGCACGGCGGCGGUCGCGGCAAGACUCGCUGCCACCAGCACACCUAAGAUUGGCACCGGUGAAGCUCUUGGGAUUGUUGGUGAAAAUCCGCACCAAGGGUACCCCCUCUUGCACCACCAUCAACAGCACGGUGGGUUCAGGUCCAGCAUGACCAUAGGUUUGACGGCGAGCGCACCCGCCAUCUCUUCGCAUUAA